UUGUAAAUAAACAGAAGUACUUUCAAGUCUUAAACUUUUUUCCUCCCUUCAAACCCACUAUCCUCUCAUUUCUAUUUUAGGGUUUCUUCUUCACAAAGCUCAAAGCUUUAUAUUACAUAUUGUAUACAUCUUGCUGAAAGAUAUGUGGGUUUUGUAAUUUCUAGUCCUUGAAGUCAUAAAGUUGAAGAAUUUGGAAGAAAUAAUAUAAAAAGUUUCAAUCUUUUUUUUAUCAGGGAUAUAAGUUGAAUUUCUUGAGAUUGCAUUCAUAAAAGAGGAUGGGGUGCUUAACAGUACUAAAAGGCAAGAAGAAAAAGUCAAAUCCAAGUGUUCAUGUAAAACGAGUUAAUCCGCAGGAUCCAACACCAACCACAUUACCUGAGCCACUAACUCAAACACGAGCUCUGCAGUCAGCACCACCAAGCUUUCGAACUGGGGUCAAAUCGGUUCAAUCAACUCAUCCAGCGAUUAGCAGUCGUAUGCGGGCAUUGUCAGCCCCUUCAACAUUGGAUGCAGCCGAGCAAGAUGCACUCUCAUCAGCUGAACAUGAAGAACACGAAGAAUCCAAAAUCCGUGGUGGUGGUGGAGGUGUACCGCCUGUCCCGCAUCCACUGCCACUUCCUGCACCGCAUACAACAAACUUGAAAACCAUGGGAAGCUUUAAAAUUGGCAGUGGCAGUGGGCCGCUGCUUCCACUCAACAAUUCUGGUCCUCUCCCAUUGCCGCCAGUAGGAGCCCAUUUGCCACCAAUGGUUUCCUCAUCUUUAUACACGCCAGGAACUCUGAAGAACUUCUCUUUUGAAGAUAUUGCAGCCGCCUGUCUUAACUUUUCUUCUGAAACGUGUGUUUCUGAAGGUCUUUCAUCUGUUAUGUAUAGAGCUUCUUUUGGAGAAGAUACUUCCAAUAUGAAAAAUCUUCAAGCCACCGUUACUAGUCUUCGUCCUUCAUCGCAGGGUUUGAAGGAAUUUAUUAGUGAAGUGAACACACUAGCAUCGCUCCAGCAUCCCUUCCUUUGUAAGUUGAUCGGGUUCCAUGCUCGUGAUGGAUCUGAUAAGAGAAUGCUGGUUUACGAGAGACUUUUUCAUGGAAGUUUAGACCGGAUUUUGUAUGGGAGAACUGAUGGCCCACCUAUUGAUUGGAAUGCUAGAAUGAAAGUUGCACUUUGUGCCGCUCAAGGGCUUACAUUUUUGCACGAGGAAGGCCCUUUUCAGGCAAUGUUCCAUGAGUUUUCUACUGCAAAUAUACAGAUCGACAAAGAUUUUAGUGCAAAGCUUUCUGGAUAUGGUUGCAUAAGUCACAUUCCUGAAGCCGACAUCCCCAAUAACUCACCUGCAAUGGCAAAUCUUUCAGUAGAAACACUUGAGAGAGGACUUUUGACCCCAAAGAGCAAUGUAUGGAGUUUCGGGAUUGUGCUUCUUGAAUUGCUUACUGGUAGAAAGAAUUUUGACAGCCGCCACCCAAAGGAAGAGAGAAAUCUAAUUAAAUGGAGUCGACCAUUUUUGGCUGAUGAUAGUAGGUUGUCAUUAAUUAUGGAUCCACAACUAAAAGGGCGGUUUCCAGCAAAGGCUGCCAGGACAAUAGCUGACAUAGCUCAAAGAUGUCUUCAAAAAGAUCCAUCAGAAAGACCGACAAUGAGAACCAUCGUUGAACACCUCAAAAUCAUACAAGAAAUGAAAUUCUCGUCUCGGUUCCCACUACAAGAACCUGGUACAAUCAACACAAUCAACAGGAAACACAUGGCAAAAUCGUUAAGUUUAAAUGGGAUAAUUUACCCUGCCCCGAGGUUAAGUUACUCACCUCCACCACCACGGCUUCCCGUGUUGCCACCUUCGUUGCCGCCACGAAGCUGUGCUUCCACCCUCACAAUGGACAGAAUCGUGGACCGUGAAGAAAGCAGAAGGUCGUCGUCAUCUGCUCGACGGUCAAGUGUAGAAGGUUUUUGAAUGUAUAUAAAGAUUAUUUUUUGGUUAUGAUUAUUUUGUUUUUGUUUGCUUCCUCUAUCCUUCGGAGUGAAUCUUACUAGAUAUAGGUGGAAGAUGUCAUGUGAUGUUAUGUUCAACCUAGAAAAGUUGAAUUAUUUUUUUGUUUA